AAAAAAACUUCGACGGUCGCCACACAUGGAGAGGCCGAGCGAUCGACUCGCCAAGUCGCUGACUCAAACCAUCGUUCCCCUAGCGGGAGAGGAUCCCCCACCGAGGCGGAUUCAAACGUUCAUUCGAGUGCGACCGCCUUGCUCUACCGACACGAGCAAUUCCUUUCCAGUCUUGACAUUAACGCCUACGACACUGCGAUGUACUCCUUCCACCCCCGCGUUGUCCAACCAAAUCGAUUGCUCAUUCGACCUCAUCUUUCCGCCCCAGGCAACCCAGGAGGCCGUGUUUGAGUCCGUUCAGGCUCUGCUUCAAGCUGUGCGACAAGGUCACAACGCCACCAUCGUCACGUACGGCCAAACGGGCACGGGGAAGACCCACACGAUGCUGGGCUCGAUGCAGGAAUCGCCAUCGCCCGCGACAUCUCGACCUGGUGACGACGGGCGUUGGGUGAUGUUGGACUCGUGGGGCCUCAUGCCUCGUACGCUGAAUCACUUGCUGGAGUCAUGCAACUUCACCAACCAGCCGCUGUCGUGCGCAUACGUUGAGAUCUACAACGACAAGGCGUUUGACUUGAUGGCGGAUAAAAAACGGCAGCGGCCGCUCGCGUUGCGCGAAAGGCUGGACGGUGCCACAGACUUGCCAGGUCUCACUACGCAUGCCAUAACCUCCGUCGACGACGCCAUGCGAUUCCUUCAUCGAGGGCGGCAAGUUCGAGCAGUGCGAGAGACGGAUCUGAAUGCGACAAGUUCUCGGUCGCAUGUGAUUUUACAAAUCAAAGUCGGCGCGGCGACAAAGUUGAACUUGGUCGACUUGGCGGGCUCUGAAAAGUGGACCAAAAACACGAGGGCGGGCGCCGAAAGCGAAGAAAUCAAACACAUCAACACAAGCCUGUCCGCCUUGGGCAACUGCGUCGCAGCGUUGACCCAGCCAGGUCGAAAGCACAUUCCGUACCGAGACUCGACACUGACUCGCCUGCUCCAAGAUUCACUCGGUGGCACCACCAGAACCGUGAUCAUUGCCACCGUCCACGCAUUCGCCACCGACGAAACGAUACGAACCAUUCAGUUUGCCGACAGAAUGCGAGCUGUGAUGCAGUCGACUAUGCGACAGAACCAUCAGCUUCCCCUCUCCUGUUCCAUGCAAUGGCACAAAGACCUGGCUGCUACUCGAGCGACCGUGACUGAAUUGGCUCAGAAGCUGGAGGACUUGACGUCCGCAUACGAAAACCAAUCGGCAGCCUCGCGACGAGCCAUGGAGUCCAUGGCGGACGCUGUGUACCAAAAGUUGCUCCAAGAUGAACACCACAUCCAAAAACUCCACGAGAAAGUUGAAGAUCGUGCGAUUAGUACACCAGAGAAAUCAACUUCGACGGCCAACGCCAUCACCGUUGGAUGUGAACACAGUUCAUGGAAAGUCGCGAAUCCGACGGUGGACACUCUGUGUGACGUGGAAUCUACUGCUACACCACAUUCAACGUGCAUCGAAGUGUGUGUGAUGGUGCUGUACGUGAUGGGCGUUGGCGUGGUGAUCGUGCUCCUGUUUGCAGGUUGUGACCAAGUCAUUCACGCCAUCCCGGUGGAUCGUACAGUACAAGUCGUGGCUCAGUCGUUGUGGCCGCACCAGCAGCAACAACAACAGCUUCCACGUGGGUUCCGUUGA